AAUACUACGUCAUUUCCAUUCCGCCACCUCCUCUUCAAGAUAGCAGAAAAGUUGUGAUGUUUUAAUGUGAAGCUCAAUAUGGCCUCAAUACUGUCUUACGUUCCCAUCGUGAACCGAAUGGUUCCAAACAACGGCCAAACCCAGACGAUUGACAUCCCACCUGUUGAGGUUUACAGUGUGGAGACGGCGCCUGAGAAACGACCGAGAACACUGAAGCAUUUACUGAGGGCAAACCAUGUGAACCACUCUAUCCUCUAUCACGGCUUAGAGUUUCAUAAUCACAUGCCGCAUAUUCUUGCCUCUGCUUAUAUUCUCGGCGCAGAUGUUGACCAUUUGCACAAAAUUUACGAUGCAGAAGCUCAAGAACUCGAGCCGUGGACACCAUCCCCGGCCGAAAUAACCCAGGAUGACUGGAAAGACUUCCUCGGAGAUCCCAACUACCAACGUGCCUACGUUGACUUCUUCGAAGAUGCUCUGGUAUUGAGACACAACUAUCAGUGGAAAGGCGUCGUGGAGGAAUAUUUGUAUGAAGGAAAGGAACCGCUAGUGAACGGUCUUUUCGGAGGCCUUGGCCAUUCUCUCCUCCACCUAGCGUAUGCUUUUGAGGUGGAUAGCCGCGAAAUUGCCAUGGAGGCUCUCGGUAUGACCGCCACGCAGUAUAAUUUCCUUCAUAAAUACAUUGACAACCCCUCGUAUUCGAAACCCUCUUCGAUCAAGGCAUCUUCGCCACUGGAACUAUUGCACAAAUUGGCAGACGACAAUCGUCUAAACGGAGUCUUCAAGAGCUCUGGAGCUGAGAAUAUAGAGCCAUUAUUCAACAACCAUGAGGACAUUGUACUGGAGUACUGGAACGCGUGGAGUCUCGAUGACCCGGUGAAAGAUUUCCAACUGUCUCAGGAGGCAGCGGUUGCCGUCGUGAUUGCGACAGUCCCAAACGGCACUCACUCGUACAAUUUCUUCCUGUGCCAUAUACUUACGACGAGUCACGCUGUCAGAAUUCUGCUCCCACUCAUCCCACACGAGCAUCGUAUCAACCUAGUUAGACAAUGGUGGCUAUUUGCGAUAGCUGUCUACAUCGCUAUACUUCGUCCGAAAAUCGAUCCUGACUAUAUCGGAGACGGUGGCCAGACGCAAUGGGAUUAUGUGGAAGAGAAGGCAUUGAAUGGUUCAUUUGCCACCGACUCUCACUUCGUCAAAGUUGUCCGUGCUAUCAAGGAAGCAGCCAUGACUUGGGGAGACGUACAUAAUCGGUACCUGAAUUCCGCGAUACGAUUUGUUGACGAUUUCCAAGGCUGGGUGUUUACUUAAAAAGAAACAGACGGUCAAUGCCUCCAAAAGUUGUAGUUUCCGACUUUAUGAAUUAUGACAUAAGGUAACUCACAAGUGAACGAUCUCUUGAAGAAUGGAUGCGAUGGGUGCGAUGUAUACUAAUUCGGAGUUUUCAUAUGUGGCGCUUGAGGAUUGUGUGACAGAAUGACAAAAUGACUGGGAAAAGGAUAAGAAUGGAAAAUUGUAAAUUGCUGGAUUGAACAUCAAUAACAAAACAAUAACUAUCAACUAUUGCUUUGAUAUAAU